AUGCUAUGCCUCUUCUUUCUCGCGGUUUAUUAUUGUGCACUGCACUUCCUUUUUCGGUCGUUAGGUAACCCCGGACACGUCUCUAUGUCUCACUGCAAGUUUGAACACCCUCGCCACGGCCACCUUGGCUUCCUGCCGCGCAAGCGCAGCCGGCAGAUCCGCGGUCGCGCCCGCUCCUUCCCCAAGGACGACCCCUCGCAGAAGCCGCACCUCACCAGCUUCAUGGUGUUCAAGGCCGGCAUGACGCACAUUGUGCGCGACGUCGACCGCCCUGGCUCCAAGGUGAACAAGAAGGAGGUUGUGGAGCCGGUGACGAUCCUGGAGGCGCCGCCGA